UUUGACCUUUCAUUUCUUAUGAAAUUCUGACAUCGCCUUAAAUAAAGAAAAAAAAUUACGAGCAAAACUCAAAGCCUGUAAUAUGGAAAAAGAUUGCGAAUUGAAGCUCGGACCACCCGAGCGGUCGCAAAGAAUUGACGUUAUAAUUGUGGGAGCGGGCAUAUCAGGAUUGGUGACAGCUUAUAGGCUUUUAGAAAAGGAACCCUCUUUACAAAUAAGAAUAUUGGAGGCCAGUGAUACUAUCGGUGGCAAUUUGCAGCAAAUACCUCAGGGUGAAAUCGGUGCCAAAUGGUUCGAAGAGUCGCAAGCUCAUGUUUAUCAAUUGCUGCAACGUAUGGAAAUACCAAUACAGCAGCGUUCUGUUGUGGAUGCAGCAUUGCCACGUUGUUGGGAACUCGAUCAAACUGUAUCCUCAAAUUUGGCAAAAUAUGAGUUACAACGUUAUAUAAACGAAUUACAAAUAAAAGCACCUUUCUUUAGGCCGGGACGAUUCAGUAUUCGAAAAAACUCAACAAAAAUGGAUAAACAUAUAAACAACCGAUUAUUUUUCAAUGAGUCGCGAAAGUUUAUGAACAAUUUAGUGGAGUUGGUUUGUGGUUCGAAAGCCGCCGAUAUUACUUACAAAGAAUUUAUGAGCCUUUGCUAUGGCUGCGGAAGCUUACAAAACAUAAUUAAUAUUUACUUGGAGUGUCCGAACACUUUACUGGAGUUCGAUAGUGCUCAUCUCCUCAGUGCGCUUACACAGAGAUUGCAAGGCACUGAAUUUCUAGUCUCGCGACAAGUGAAAGCUAUUUGCCAUUAUAAAGACUAUAUUGAAGUGCAUGAUUCAACGCAGAAAAUACACACAACGGAUGUGCUCAUUUUGGCAAUACCAUUGAAUUCUCUCCAACAGAUCAACUUCUCACCGCCAGUACCCGUGGAGUUGCGCAAAGUAAUGAACAAUAAACUGAAGUUGCGCUUAAUGUUAACAAGCUUUAUAGCUGGCUACGGCGAUGCUCAUUGGCGGAAUGCUGGCUAUUCGGGCAGUUUCCUUAAGAACGACCCAUUUAUAGUGGGUUACGAGUACCGACCCAAUGUUUAUGGCGGCAUGAUGAUACAUGAUAGCGGUUCUGAAUCGUUGGUACGUUCGAUUGCGCUAAAAGCAUUUGCAGAAAAUUAUGGUGAAGCUAUGGAAACACCGCACAGCUAUAACCAACAUACUUUCGAGUUGAGCUCAUUAGCACAUAUGCCACUCACGACACCGUGGCAUCGUAUUAUAUGGUCAUCAUCGGCCGCUGCCUCCACAUGCUAUCGCGGCUUCUUAGGCGGUGCGGUGCAAAGUGGAUUGCGUGCGGCAUUGAACGCUUUACUAUUGGUGCGACCACAAGUGGUGUCAUGGACCGAUGUGGCCGAUGUACAUUGUCAAAAUUGUCCGAAUAUUAAAGACGUGGGCGCAAUGCAAUUAUGGAUGAGUGGACUAAACCUGUAUAAUGUGGGCUAUUAUACCCUUUACGUUUCGAGUGUCCUUCUAGCACUACAGUUCGCAUUUAAGAAAUUUGGUUGAGACACAUGAACACCUGGUGUAUAAAUAUUUUGAAUAUAAAUGAAUAUACCUACGAAUAUGGAUGUGAAUAUACUAUUGUACCUCUAUU